ACGUGGCUGAAAACCAAAACAGUGCAGCAGCGCCAGUGCAGAGAAACAGACAGACAGAGAGACAGCUGUGUAUGAGCGGUAUGCAGAUGAUCUGAUUCCCGACAGGAGAAAAACAAAUACACAUUAAUCUGUGUGCAGGACACAGAGACAGAGAGGUGUACAGUACUGCAGUGUUGCUCAGGGUUACAGUGACUCAGCUAGGGUCGGGCUGGCGCAUCUAUGUGUGUGUGUGAGUGAGUGUGUGAGUGUAUACAUACACUCACACUGCUGAUCAUCAUCACUGAUCACACACACACAUACAGGCAGAGUGAAGAUGUCGGACCUGGAGUGUUCCCUGGAGUUCAGUAGCUCCCUGAGCAGCUCCACACUGCCCCCUCCCCGCACCCGGAUCUUUAAGAUCAUAGUGAUCGGAGACUCCGGGGUGGGGAAGACCUGCCUCACGUACCGCUUCUGCGCCGGCAGGUUUCCGGACAAGACCGAGGCUACCAUCGGGGUCGACUUCCGGGAGAAGUUAAUCGAGAUCGACGGAGAAAAAAUAAAGGUCCAGCUUUGGGACACCGCGGGACAGGAACGUUUCCGGAAGAGCAUGGUGCAGCACUACUACAGGAACGUGCACGCCGUGGUGUUUGUGUAUGACGUGACGAGCGCGGCGAGUUUCCGCAGCCUCCCGGCGUGGAUCGAGGAAUGCCGGCAGCACGCGCUGGGCCAUGAGGUACCCCGGAUCCUGGUGGGCAACAAAUGCGACCUGCGCCACGCCGCUCAGGUGAGCACGGAGCUGGCCCAGCAGUUUGCCGAUGCCCACUCCAUGCCCUUGUUCGAGACGUCGGCUAAGAGCCCACAGGGAGGGGGCAACGACAGCGACCACGUCGAGGCCAUCUUCAUGACGGUGGCACACAAGCUGAAGUCACAGAAGCCGCUGGUUCUGAGUCAGCCAGCCAACACAGUCACGCUCAGGGGGCGGGACCAGGACGAGGUGGAGCAACGCGGGAGCUGGGGAUGCGGCUGCUGGAGGAGCUAGUGAGGGGCGGAAAGAAGGAAAAGGGUUUAAAAGGGACACGUUGGACAGAUCAGCGUGAUCUCACGAUGCUACCUUGAAGCAGUAUCGAAAAACCGAACCCUUCACCUGUGCUCCUUAACUCGAGGCUAAACCUCGGUUUAUCGGAUCCACAUCCAGACAUGAACGGGUUAUAUAUUUUAAUAAGGUAUGACGGCAUAAAGAUUACUCCAUGCUUAGUAGACGCCCGAGGCUGUAAUCAGCUUCAUUAAGGCUGAAUAAUAGGCGAAAUAGCUACAUCAAAUGAUUUAGACGCUUUAAGACUCAAAGAGAAGACACUAUCGCAUGCGAAGACAAUACCAGGACCUUAAGUUAAAGGUAAAUGGACUUAAACACUUAAAAAGACGUAGCCGUUCGGUGGUGUUUUUUUGUCUUUGUACUGUAACUCUUGAGACCACUGCGCUAGGAAGAUAACUGUGCUUACGCAAUACGCAAAAUGUUUGUUUACUCAUAAACGUCCAUCACAGGUUUGCAUUAUAGUUUCUGUGGCUCGUCAUUAAGCUGGGAGCGCUUCCGUUAACAUGACUGUACAGUGAAGUAUAGUGUGUGUGUGUGUGUGUGUGUGUACAAUAAGCAGAAAUGAGUCUGUAUUUUUUGCCCCAAGAGAAGAAAAAAAAGAUAAACAACGGUUGCCUUUAACAGUCGUGCCGUUAUAAUGCCUGAUCCUGAGCACGUGACAUCGCAGGGUGGAGGUGCAAUGCAGGGCAGGACGCCUCAUUAAAGGUCUCACUCAAUUAAACACUCACGCACGUUUAUUAUGGGCUUUAAUAAUCUGGCAGUUUUAACAAGAAUAUGGAACAAGAUUUAAAAUCAGCCCGUGCGAAGCAGAGCGCUUAGUAGUUAUUGCCCUGUGUAUGGAGGUACAUCACCGUUUAUGAUAUAAUCACAACAUUUCAUAAAAUUCCCUCCUUAAUUCAAUUUAAUUUAAUUCUUCUUACAGAAGCACGCUGCGUUCACAAAAGAACAUCUCGCCAAAUCUGCCUUAAUAUCUUGUAAUUAUAAGAUAGUAAGUCAGAAGUACAAAAUAGCAACUCAUAAUUAUGAGAUAAGGUCUCCGUUAAAAGAUUAUUAUGGCUUGCUGUCUAUUUUUCCAAUCAUAACUAUGACUUAUUGUCUGAGAUCCAGGUCAUAUGAUCUCAUAAUUAUGAGUAAAGACAGUUUGUCAUAAUUAUAUUAUAUAUAACUAAGGUUCCAAACUUAAUUUAUUUGAUAUAAUUAUGACUUACUAUCUUGUAAUUACAAGAUAGUAAGUCAUAAUUAUGAUAUAAUGUCUUAUUUUAUAAACAAUUGACAGACUGCAUUUUUUUAAUAUAAUUGUGACGAUCCCAAGGUUACACUCUAUGAGAAUGCAGAUUAUGUAAUCACAAUUAUGAGAUAGGAACUCAUAAUGAUGAGAUAAGGUCCCCUUUAAAAUAUUAUGACUUGCUAUGUAUUGGUUUUUAAAUCAUAACUAUGGCUUAUUAUCUCAUAAGAAAGUAAGCAAAGACAGUAUGUCAUUCCUUCCUUAUUUUAUAAUUAUGACUUACUGCAUCAUAAGUAUGAGAUCCAUAUCUUAUAAUUAUGAGGUAACAGAGGCAAAAUUAUGUGAUAGUAAGUCAUGAUUACAAAAUAGUAAGUCAUUAAUCCUUUAGACAAAAACACAUUAUGGCUUACUAUCUCAUAAUUAUGCAAGCUAGGUCAUGAGACAAGCCAUAAUUGCGAGAUAGUAUGGCAUAUGAAUAAGAUAGUAAGUCAUAUUAAAGAAAGAUAAAUGUGGUCAUUUAAUAACUAGUUUGUUAAAUGGAGACCUAGUGUUAAUUGACAUAUUAUCUUGUAAUUAACCUACUAUCUCAUAAUUAUAUAAAAAAAAAAAAAAAUUAUGACUUUUUCUUGAACAUAAGUAUGAAUUACUGUCUAAUAAUUAUAACAUCUAGAUUUAAUAACUACAAGAUAAUAAGUCAUAAUUAUGAGAUAAGGUUCUUUUAAGAAAACAAACUGUGUCUUACUGUGUCUCACUAUUUUGUUUUACUUAAUAAUGACUUACUAUCUCAUAAUUAUAAUGGAAUCUCAUAAAUACAAGAUAGUAAGUCAUAGUUAUGAGAUAAGGUCUACAAUUUGUACAUGCUGUGCGCUUUUCGUACGCACCCCCGGCUCGCAUUGUUCCUGGAAAGGAAACGUUCUGCAGCUUAUUCUUAGGGCUGCAGAGUAAACUCAAAGAGCAGGCGUCCCUGUGCUGCUUUCUAACUGGGACAGCCUGUCUUCUGAAAGACUAAUGCGUCCCUAAGCUGCUUCUCCAGUAUGCAAAAUUCCAAUAUUAUUGCUUACAGUAAGAUGUAUUUUUUCCAUCAGCUGGCGAAAGCAACUUUUUUGUCUGUUAUACCAGGACACCUGUAAUGUAAAUCCAUUUUAAAAAAGUAAUCAGUGCUUUUGAUUUUAAUUCUACAUUAAACCUUGUUUUCUCAUGCGCGUCAUAUUCAACGUUUGUUACAACAGCUGAUGCUAAGUGUAGCCACAACGUUGUUUUUCACGCUGCUAGCAUGAUCGAGAGUUUAAAUGGAAUUUGCAUCGUAACUAACUGAUUAUUCAGGGUCAAGGUUAGAUCAAGGUCGAAUUGUCUGAAAGUUCUACGUCUAUUUUAGUCAUUUUCCAACAUGUUUAUGGGGAUGAUAGUGGUUUAUGUUUCCGUUUUUAUUUUCAUGUAUACUUCAGCACUGUGCAAGUCUUGAGAAACAGACUCUGAGCAUAAGCUAGGGGGUAUAAACUCUAGCAUCUUUCAUCCCAACAAAACUAUAAGGAAUGUCAACGUCUUACUUGUAAUUUCAGCAUUUAAACAUGCAUUUAAAAACACUACAAAACCAUCAGUUCUUGGAGCGAGAGAGAAGUCAUGGUCAGCACAAAAGUGGAAUGUUGAUAUCCAAGUAAAAAAAAAUAUUGGAAUAAACCUUUUUACAAUUGAUUAUAACUUUUUAAUGUUCCAGGCUAGAUCUGUAAUCAUGCUUUAUUUUUUUCCUGAAGAAAAAGGAACAAAACAAGAACUGAGUUGCACAGUGCCAUUUGAACAACAGUUUUAAUGCACACUAGAGUGCUAGCUUCAACACUUAGCGCUCUUACUCUAUAAAUAUACACUGAUCAGCCAUGACAUUAUGACCACUCGCAUUAGAGUGGCCCCUGGAAGUGGGUGGGAUCUAUUGGGCAGCAAUCAAACACUUGGUCGUUAAAGUUGACAUGUUGGAAGCAGGAAAAAUGGGCAAGCAUAAAGCAUUUGUGAAAUGUCUAGAUGACUGGGUCAGGGCGUCUUCUAAACUGCAGCUCUUGUAUUGAGAUGUUCCUGAUCGGCAGUGGUCAGGAUGUAUUAAAAGUGCUCCAAGGAAGGAGAACCGGGUCGUGGGUGGCCGAGGCUCACUGAUGCAUAAUCUGAUUCAGUAGAAGAGCUACUGUUGCUUAAAUUAAUAGAAAGCAGUAAGGACAUGCUAGUGGCGGAUCUGACUGCACAGCUGUAGACCGGUCAGGGUGCCCAUGGUGAUCCUACUCCUCAGAACUGGAUCAUGGAGCGAUGGAAGAAGGUGGAAUCAUGUGUUCAUCCAGGUUCCUGUGUGUGUCACUUACCUUGGGGAACAGAUGGCACCAGGAUGCACUAUUUGAAGAAGGCGAGCUAGCGCUGGCGGUGUGAUAUCCUUUCUUGAGUCCUGCUUUUCAUCUGGAUGUAACUUUGACAUGUAGCACUUACUGAAACAUUGCUGCAGAGCAAAUUACACCCCUUCAUGUAAACAGUCAUCCCCGCUGCCAGACGUCUCUUUCAGGACAAUACUGUGACCUGACACACUGCACACACGGUUCAGGAACAGGUUGAGGAACAUGACAGCGAGUUGAAUGAUUAAAGUCUGAUCCAUGGACCUUAAAACUUCCAGGAUUUGAAGGAUCUGCUGUUGACGGUUUGGUGCCAGAUACCACACACACACACACACCUUUAGGGGUCUAGCGGAGUCCAUGCUUUGAUGGGUCUGUUUUUUCGUGGUUAAAAAAGGGCUCUACUCAAUAUUAGACGUGUGGACAUAGCAUUACGGCUGAUCAGUGUGUGUAUGUGUGUGUGUGUGUCUGUAUCUAUGUGCACACCGAGUGUGUGCCGAGUGGCGUUAUCGUAUUACUCAAGCAGCAGGCUCAAGUAUCAUCUCCUCGCUCAGCCUGCAACCUUUCAGGAUGACUAAGAGAGCAAAUGAGUGUGUGUGUGUUGCCUGAUCAGGCUAACAUGGACGCCUGCUCUGAAUCAUGUCUAUUUUUUUCCCCGUCCUUUUUGAAAGCUGCCGCUGCCACAGCAGGUCCUGUGGUGUGUGUGUGUGUGCUCUAGAAACCCCUCAGGCAUGGACAUUUUUAACGCUGUAAUUUGUGAUGAACACUUUGUGAUGUCUCUCCGACUGCCCUGGGCAUCCACAAACCGUGGUGCAAAGGAAGUAAGGCUAGUGUGUUCAGUGGGGCAAUUUCCUGCAUGCAAUUUUAUCUCCAAGCUCAUAAGUUUGCACACCCUGCCGUGAGUUCUCAAGCGCUUAAAAGAACCUCUGCUUUACUACUCAUCCGCAAAAUUCAGAACUGCCAAUAUUUGUGUUUUGAGCUCCGUACAGUACUUUUAACAUUUAUUCAAACAAGCUAAUCUCCAUGUGAACGUUGGAACGAUCGACUCCUUUAUUAGUGAUGCUUUUCUCUCUGCGUUUUGUUUAAGGUUGAAUUUUCCCGCUCUAAAGAUUUCCAGUGAAUCCCUAAUAAGUUUCCGUUGAAACAAAAUCUAUCAACUUCAGGCAAAUAUAUUGUUAGAUGAGCGUAUUGCAGGCUAUAUUUAUUAGCAAUAUUACUAAAAAGUGACUGUUCGCCGAAGGUGUGAAAAGAAGUGAUGUUUCAAUAAAACGUCAGUUCUUACACUUUCACAACCAAUUUUAAUGGGAAUGAUAAUUAGAAAGAUUUCUCCUAUUGUUUUCUUUCACAAGCUCGAACACGUGCGAGCGACCCGAACGUCAGCACAACGGAGAAAAAGUCAACCAUGUUGAACCGUUUUUACGAUUUCUACAAGUUCAAGAUCAGACAAAUCAUUUGUAAAAGGAUUUUAUAUAUAUAUAUAUAUAUAUAUAAAUAACAAUUAUGGAUGGGCUGCAAGAGGAGCCGAAAUUAAAGGAGGGAACCUUAAAGCUGACAUCUUUCAAAAUCCAAGUUUACAUGCAGCUUACAAAAAAUAUUUCAGAUACUUUAAAGCUGAUAUUUAGAUUUCUUCCAGGAGUAAUUUAUUAUGAUCAGAGGUAAAAACUAACUGAGCGCAUGUACAUUUGUUACAGUGCUUGAGAAAUACUCAAAUAGUUAUUACUUAUUAGAGGAAACGUUUUAACUUUUACUCCACUUCAAAGUAGAGAAAACCUCUGUACUUCUAACUAAUGUACUACUUAAGUACAUUACUGCAUGCGGUUGCGUGACUUUAGAACUUCUACUCAAGUACACAAGUAAAUGGAAAACCUCUGCUUAUACUUAAGUAAUAUUUGUGCUAGGGAAUCUUUUCACUUUUACUCAAGUACAGGAUUUGUGUACAUCUGAUUAAAACAUUAUUUAGCAGCUUGUUACUUCUAAAAUCUAAAAUCAUACACGAUUAAGAUGUCGCUUGGGUGAUAAGGGUGUGCAAACUUUUUGGACUUUAUUAUAGGAUAAAAAAAAAAAAAAAAGCUCUAGCAGUGAAGAGAAUCUGGGUCGUGUGCUGUACAGGUUGUUUUUGUGCUUCAUUUUGCGCAUCGUUUCAUUUAACAUAAUUUCUGUGCCUAAAAAAAUUCCGAAAAGGAAGCUGGGCCGCUCGCGUCACAUCCUCUGGGAUGAUAUUGUUUCUCAGGAUGCUUCCAACAAACCUGUGUUUCGUUCUUGAGAACGUUUUUUGAUCAACCAAAACAAUACGUGCUGUAAAAAAUAAAUAAAUAAAUAAAUCAUACACAACUGGCCAGUUUUGCCGUCCUGUCCUGGUUCUGUGUCUGAUUACUGCCAUGGGACAAAGAGAAAGAAGUUAAGUUUGAUACUGGAUCAUUGUAACUUUGCAUUUUAAGGAACAUUGCUUGUAUUUUUUAUUUUUAACGGAUGAAAUAAAGUGCUCUCCGUUUCACA